AAAUACGCACAAGCGCCAACAUGAUGUGUUUCAAGGAGAAGGAUGCCCUGCUGUCAGCCUUACAGCAUGUUAAUUUAGUAGCUCCAAGAUCUGGAGGGGCUACUAAUAAUUCAGGAAAAAUCGAGAAGCCAGUUUUCCGCUGCUACAAUUGCAAUUGUUUGGGACAUAUCGCCUCAGAUUGCCGCAAACCUAAAAGAGAAGUUGGAGCCUGUUUUGUGUGCGGAAAAAUGGGUCACCUUGCUGCGGCCUGUGAAGAAAACAAGAAGACGUCGUCCCCAGCCACUCGCAGAGAUGAUUAUAAUGCCUCUUAGACUCAGGGAGCCCGAUCAGCUUUAUGAAGAAAAAUUGUGUUCCGGCUAGCGUUAUUUUGAAGUCAGCGCCACCAGCCACGUAUUUUGGUUUAAACUUCAGCAAAUUAAUUAUCAUUGG